CGUACGUCUCAAUUCCUCUCCUCCUCUAAUAAUAGGUUGUAGCUGCAAACCCCAUCGCUAACUUCCUCUGAAUGUCACCGUCGCUCUCCUUCCAAGGAAAGUUGUGUCCGCCAUAGACCCCGACAAAGUUGAGAUCUUUCAGCAGCGUGCACAACAUGGAAAUAAAGCAAAGAGCCUUUCGCUGAUGAGGGGGAUUGGCUGGGAAAGAAAUGGUCUUGGUGGGGAAAUUAUUUGGAUCAGGAGAGAAACGCCGAGCGACCUUCUCUGUCCCCAGCGUCGUCAUCUUUCCACCGGGGAAGUCAACGAGACCAAAGAAGCUGGGGUGAGAGAGAGACUUGGACGAGGGACACUAGGUUGUAUGUGGCAAGAUGGUAAUUGCUACAGAGAGCGAGAGCAACCCAACUCGAGAGAGGAAUUUGGAGUUCCGGUGAGCUAUGAUACGGAGGUUGAGGAAGGGUUAGCGGAUGAGGAUUUCGAGAAGAGGCAGGGCAAGGCGAGAAGCCGCACCAGCAUUGGCGAGGUCGCAGGGAGUAGGAAUGGCAUCCCUAGCAGUUCAAACAUAUCGGGUAAAACGGGUCAGGCCGAAAUUGCCAUCCCUAGCAGGGAGCUCAGCGGGUAGCUAGAGUUAGAUUUAGUUAGUUGUUUUAUGUAUCAUGAUUAUGAGUAUAAACUGGAGGUUCAAGG